AUGGCUCGCUGGAAACAAAUAAGAUACCAGGGUGGCUUUGAUUUCAGCUGUUGUUCGGUACCUCAGCAGCAUAUAUACAAUAAUAUAGACACAAAAGUAACAGAUACAAAUGGAUUGGACCAAGAACUGAUGCAUAUAGCAGACACCAAGACCGCUUUCGGUGAAACCUCUUUCAAAGAAAUGUGGGACAAAAUAGCGGAGGUCAUUAAAAGACUUGGGGCGACUUGUAAACUUCUAAGCUUGGAAACGGACAUCAACAAUCUUCUGAAUGAUCCUUUGGAUUUUGAACGAGAGCAGGAGCUACAAAACGAAAUUGAAAGACUGAAGAGAACUAUUGAAGAGUGGAUGUAUAUAGAUAACAAAAUUGAUUCAGUUCUUCAGAAGAUUGACGGGAUAGAUAAGAAACUUAAUGAACAUGGACACGAAGAAAUUUGUGCAGAUAAAUAUUUUGUGAAGACAACACAGUAUCAUGAGGCAAGAAAAGUGCUGCUGAAUCAAAAAGUAAUUGUUUUGGAUGGAGCUCCUGGAGAAGGGAAGACAACAAUGGCAAAAGAGCUCAUAAAUGAGGUAUCAGAAAAUAAAUGCACAGUAUUUAGAACAGUUAGAGAAUUAGAACAUAUCAAAUUUAAGAAUUUAGAUGUUAACGGCAUAUUUAUUGAUGACAUGUUUGGUGCUGCGGUAUUUGACAAAUAUGAAAGCAGAAAAUGGCAAAAGAUUUGGCCCAGAGUAGAAAAAUGGGUGGACGGAUCCCAAAACUGUGAGCGAUAUGUUGUUGUAACUUCGAGAACACAUAUUUUAAAAGAGGCCAUGCAAAUAGUGCACAAUGCAAAUACAUUUAAAAAAGAGAAUAUUUUUACCCUUUCAUCCCUCAAACUUCAGGUAGUAGAAAAAAGGGAAAUUUUGACGCAACAUUUUGAAAAGGCUAGGGAUAAUUCAAACAAAGAACAAAAAGGCAAAAACACAGACUCUCAGCCCAAAACAAUUGACGAAAAGCAGCGUAAAUUUUUAUAUGACACUGAUUUUAAAAGCCUUGGCCUUUCUUCUACAAUAGGAUUUCCAGAAUGCGCUAGAUUAUUUGCAAAUAACGCCGACAUUUUCAGUAAGGGCAUUGAGUUCUUUAAAACACCAAUGAAAUUCAUUAAGAUCUGUAUGUCAGACAUCAGUAAAAAUGACGAUAACUUUGUAGCAUUUUUUGUUCUAUGGGCUCAAGAAAACAAAACAUUAAACUGUAAAGAUCUAGAACUUCCGGUUCCUGAAACGUCUGAAAGGAUCAAAGACCCAAUAUUAAAACUGCAGAUUCGGCCUUAUGACCAAAUCAGAAAUAUUCGCAAAGUAUUGCAACACCAUGUCCAUGAAAAUGGCUUCAUUACACUUGACUUUGAUGGAAAUUUUUAUUUUAGCCAUAAUGUAGUUCGUGAUGCUUUUGGAUUGAUAGCAUAUGACAAAAAUGCCACAGCUGUUCUUGCAUAUUGCGACGUGGCUUUUAUAGACAACUAUAUCAAGAUAUCAAAUAAAAGGAAACCCGCCUCAGAGCUAGGUAUAGAAUCAGAAAACAUAAACAUUACAUUACCAGCAUUCCGCUAUGAUCAGCUCAGUCUAAGAAUUGCUACUCUGGUUAUUCCAGAAAAAGGGACAGCAUCAGAAAGUUACUUAGAGAAUUAUUUAAUCUUUAAGAAUCCGAUGUUUGAAAGUGAACACUUUUGUGCAGUCUUCAUCAAAACAAAUAACGAUGCAAGAAAUCUGAAGACACUUCUUACAAUAGAGUUGAGGACAAUUACAUCUGAGUUGAACAAAUAUAAAUUUCUAAACCGUAAAACACGUGACACAGCGAUAAGAUUACCUUCAUUCUUACUUUGGCAGACUAAAAAGUUGCAUCCCUUGGUAAAGCUAUUCUUUUCCGAAAUGGAAAACUAUCAGAUAGAAGAAUUAGAGAAAGAGCUGUUUAUCGGUAUGUUUAUUGGCUCAAUGAUUGGUUCGCAUGAAAUUGUAGAAUUUCUUGUUGAAAGAGGAGGUAAAGUUAAAUACAAAAUGAUCCUUCUAGCUUAUGAAGCUUUAAGCGAUUCAAGAUUGAAUGCCGAAGAGACUAAAAACACAAUAAACUUUUUGCAACACCGCAUUGGUUUAGCUGAACCGGACGGUAAUUAUCGGAUUCAUAUCGCUGUACUUGCUGGCUGCUUAGAUAUAGUUAAAGAAAUGCUUACAAAAGAUCCAUUGCAUGCACAAAAAACUCUCACAUCAGCAAAUGGUGAUGAUUUAGAUAGAGCAUCACUGUACCAUAUUGCAGCAUGUAAGCAAAAUGAUGUUAUCAUUAACUUUUUGGAAAACAAACUUGAUUCCAAGGUUUAUGACGCCAAAGGCAGAUCUCCGUUUUUGUAUGCCAUUUAUAUGGGCAAACAUAAAGUUGUGGAAACGCUUCUUAAAAUUGCCAAUAAAAACGGUGACGAAAUGACCCCCGAUAACGACAAAAACACACCAUUGCAUAUUGCAAUAAGGAAGUCUGUCGAACAGAAAGAUGAAGCUAUUAGGAACGUGUUUAGAGAUCUUUCGAUCAAAAUAUGCAAAACAUGCACAAAAAACACACACAUGGAAAAUUCACAAGGCAAAACACCUCUGCACGUAGCGUGUGAGUUAGAUGCAACGGAAGUAGUUGAAGAACUAUUCAAAACGAACUUUCAUAUCGCUGAAGAGGAACGAUUACUUAUGCAUAAAUUCGUAAUGAGUGACAAUAAAAAAGCCAUAGAAAUAUUACUAAAGCAUGGCUUUGAUCACACAAUUACCGAAAAAGGCAGAACUCCCAUUCAGCUUGCUGAAGUACAAAAUAAAACGCAAGUUGUUGAUAUAAUACGAAAAUAUGAACAAUGUCAGAAUCCUCCGCCAUGUCUAAAAAUAGAUAUAGAUAAACCAACAGACGCAAAGUAUGUGGUCACUGCAAAAACCUGAUAUAGAUAUCAUUGAGACCAUUUGCAUGUAGUCGUGAUACAAAUUGUCGACAGCUGAAUACUACUUAAAGUGGCACUCGCAAACCUCUUCGAUAUAUUAACGAACAUUAUUCGUGUUGCUAUUUUACGGAUACGAAUGAUAUAAAGUACAGCAUAAAAACUAUUACAUUACUUUUAAGCUUCAGUGAUAAACAAAUAUGCUACAAGCUUUUAGAACUCACCUAUUCAGUUUGUUCUAUUUCUAUUAUCAUUUAUAAGCACCAGAAAAUACUUUCUAAGAAAAGAAAUUUGGCGUGCUUCUUAAACUAUUGCAUAGAAAAUCCCCAAAACAGAAUUAUCGAAAUCAUUUUCAAGGCAAAAACUUACUAUUUACCUGCAACGUUGCAUUACUUCAAAUGCAUUUCUUUAAUUAUUUACAGUCAAAAUACAACAAUGCAUAUCAUGAAAAUAUACACAUACAUAUACACGGAGUGGCACCUGAGGGGCCUCCCUCCACCAUCAAAGUUGGAAAGUCGCCAUAUGACGUAUAACUGGGUCGGUGCGACGUUAAACCCCACAACCUCCCCCCGCCAAAAAAAAGAUAAAUUCUUAGACAAAGUAAAUAUAAACAAAGAGGACAAAAGAAACAAAUAACGGAACAUAUCGGGACAGUCGUCUUUGAACGGUCAGUCGCAAGUACACGACUGAAAAUGAAAAUCGGUUAUGAUAACUGGUGCGAAACAAACCUUCGGCUAAAGUUACAAUGCAGAAUAAAAAAUAGUCUCCGACGGAUAAAACCCUAACACAGGCUUAGAUAGAAAUUAAAUAUCAUUAAAUAUCACACAUAGCUUUAAAAGUUAUGUCCUGUUAGAUGAUGUCAGUUCAAGGUAAUGAUAAUGCAAAAGAAUAAGUGUGCGAGAAAAACAUUGUUUAAUUUUUUUUUGGUUGUUAGUUACGGGCUAUCCCGUUACUUUAAUUAUGGAUCAAAUGAUUGCAUGUACACCGCCAUAUGAACACAUCUGCGGAUGUCUUUGAAUUGUAAUUUUGUACUCGUAAAAUGUUUAAAUGUUGAAUUCUAAUCAACAUAGAACUAUAUUAAUCAAUGAACCAAUAAAUCAUUAUUAUUUCAAAAGUUAUGCCAAGGUUACAUUUUUUUUACUCUUCGAGCCCCUCUUAUUUUAUAUUUGUUCAAUAUUUUGUCUUGACACUAUAAUUCGGCUGAGAUUGAUACAGCCAUAGCUAGCGCCAAACAUGUCAUAACAACAUAUCUGCAGCUGUCUUUGAAUUGUAUAUAUA